AUGGGGCAAGAUCAAGCUAUGGACAGAAGACACUCGACGGAAGAAGAUCAACGAUUGACAAAGAUAACUUCUGCGAUCUACACGAUUGAAGAGACUGUAAACGCCGAUCGAGGACAAGAUCAACCUAGCGAAGCGAUCGGAGAUGUGAAGGAAAUCGCAACGGACGAGAUCAGACAUGUAGAAGCUGAUCUGUUUCAUAAACGGUCCAGGUAUCAGUCAGACGCGAUCGAAAUGAGAGAUGGUGAAUUUCAAGGACAGGCCGAUCAAUUAGUCGAAGACUGCAAAGUGGUGAAGAUCGACACACCUGCGGACGAUGAGAUCGUGAGACCUCCGACAGGGAUCGAUGUGAUCGAAACAGGGUACGAGAGUGAUCGAGGUAGAGAUAGACCGAGGCAGACAGGACAGAAGUCGGGCGACAUUGAAGAUAACAGGUAUGAGGUAACAGAUCCUGUCCAUAAACAGUCCAGCCGUCAGCCUGACAGGAUUGAGAGUGAAGAUUGUGAGCUACAAGAUCAGGUGGAUAAACAGACAAAAAAAAUGGACUGCACCAAGACCGACGAAGAGACGACGAAAGAUGAGUUGACGCCAUCACCGAUGUAUCACCACGAUGCCGGCGAACUGUUCGCAGAAGAUGUGGAUCAACACCUAGCUGUUCAUCCCGAAGUCGUUACACCUACACAAGAUAUAACGAUCGAUGAUAUCCAAGUAGGUGAUCCCGGCAUUCCAAUAACCGAAGAUCAAGAGAAAUUACGACAAAUGAUUUGUAAGAGCCGGCACCUACUAAUUGGAAAAGGCAACGCCCUACCCCCUGCGGCGAGCGGCGCAGUCUGUGACAUUGAUGUGGGAGGAGCUAGCCCGAUCGCACAACGGGUCCGACCGGUAGCUCCAAAGUUCCGAGAAAAACUCGCUGAUCUGAUCAAGGGACUGCUGUCGGCCAAGAUCAUUCGACCAUCUACAUCACCAUGGGCAUCCCCUAUCGUGGUAAUCAUCAAGAAAAACGGAGAAGAUAUAAGGCUGUGUAUUGAUUACAGGAGGGUGAAUCAGCUGACUAGGUUGAUGGUGUAUCCGAUGCCACUGAUCAGCGAACUAUUGCAAGACAUGGAUAAAGCUAUGUGUUACUGUUCAUUGGACAUGGCAAGUGGUUUCUGGGUGGUGGAGAUGAUGGAAAGAGCAAGGGCAAUCUCCGCUUUUAUCACGCCAUUUGGGUUGUUUGAGUGGUUACGGAUGCCUUUAGGGUUGAAAAAUGCUCCGCAAAUCUACCAACGUUUGAUCGAUAACGCCCUCUAUGGGUAUUUGAAGAUCGACCCAAAGUCGGAAUCGACUGUGGUAGGGUCGCCGAAGUUGAUAGAUGUCUUCACCGAUGGGGAACCGGAUAUGGAUCCAAAACCAUCAGUGUUGGGUCGAAGAUCCUACAUUGACGACAUAUUAAUACCGGCUACGUCGUGGAAAAACCUGUGUGGAAAAGUGGAAAGAUUGUUGGAGGUGUGCGAUAAGUGGAAUUUGUCGAUCAGUGUGGUCAAAAGAUUUUGGGGCCGUCGCAAGGUGGAAUAUCUGGGGCACCAAAUCUCACUCGCAGGGUUGGAAGCUAAUCCAAAAAACCUGGAAUCAUUGGUGAACAUCCCGUUCCCUCGCACACUGCGAUCGAUGCAGUCAUUUUUGGGAAGUCUUAACUCUUACAGCAGGGUUAUUGAAGACUUUGCAAUCUACGCAUGCGUGCUAUAUAAGCUGCGGGAGGCGAAUUUUCAUGAGAUCAGCCGUUUGAGUGAAGAUCCGACGCCUAUCGCAGCCGUAAGACCUGAUGACGCUCGCGAAGGAAGAGUGAAGGGCGAUCGUGAUUUGUGUCCAAAAGCUGAGAUCGAUCGCGAUUUGUACCCAAUUGUGGGGGGCGAUCGUGAUUUGUGUCCAAAAGCUGAGAUUGAUCACGAUUUGUACCCAAUUGUGGGAAGCGAUCGUGAUUUGUACUCAAUUGUGGGGGGCGAUCGGGAUUUGUGCCCAAAACUUGAGAUCGAUCGCGAUUUGUACCCAAUUGUGGGGGGCGAUCGUGAUUUGUGCCCAAAACCGGAGAUCGAUCGCGAUUUGUACCCAAUUGUGGGGGACGAUCGGGUUUGUGCCCAAAACUUGAGAUCGAUCGCGAUUCGUACCCAAUUGUGGGGGACGAUCGAACGCCUGAGACCAGGAACCGAUGGGAGAAGGAGAUAA